AUGUAUCGCUGGCCUGUGCUAUGGCUCUGCAGCUUGGCCGCGUCAGCCGGGCCCAAGGACGAGCUCUUUGCAGCCGUGAGCGCCGGCGAUGCAGAUGCAGUUCAGAGGCUUCUGGCCAGUGGCAGCUUCACUGGCGCCAACGACAUGGUGUUCCUCGAUAGUUAUGGGGGGACGUCCACUCUGCUGCAUGAAGCCAGCUUGCAGGGAGAUGUCGCUGUCGUGCGGUUACUACUCACUGCUUGGCCAGAGGGUGCGCAAGCCGCGAGCGGUUUGGACCGCGUGCCGUUGCACCUCGCUUGCCACAACGGCAGCAUCGAGCUCGUGAAGCUUCUGUUCGACCAGUGGCCCGACGGCCUCAAGCUUGCUGACGACUACGGCAAGACUCCUUUGCACAUAGCAGCCAGUCGUGACAACAUCGAGAUCGUUCGUUUCCUUGCCCAGCAAUGGCCUGAUGGCCUCAAGCUUGCUGACGGCAGCGGCGAGACUCCUUUGCACAGAGCAGCCGACAGUGACAACAUCGAGAUCGUUCGUUUCCUUGCCCAGCAAUGGCCUGAUGGCCUCAAGCUUGCUGACAGCUGGGGCGAGACUCCUGUGCACAUAGCAGCCAGUCAUGGCAACACCGAGAUCGUUCGUUUCCUUGCCCAGCAAUGGCCUGAUGGCCUCAAGCUUGGUGACGUCUGGGGCGGGACUCCUUUGCACAGAGCAGCACGUCGUGACAACAUCGAGAUCGUUCGUUUCCUUGCCCAGCAAUGGCCUGAUGGCCUCAAGCUUGCUGACGGCAGCGGCGAGACUCCUUUGCACAGAGCAGCCGAAAGUGACAACAUCGAGAUCGUUCGUUUCCUUGCCCAGCAAUGGCCUGAUGGCCUCAAGCUUGCUGACGGCAACGGCGAGACUCCUUUGCACAUAGCAGCCAGUCGUGACAACAUCGAGAUCGUUCGUUUCCUUGCCCAGCAAUGGCCUGAUGGCCUCAAGCUUGCUGACGGCAGCGGCGAGACUCCUUUGCACAGAGCAGCCGACAGUGACAACAUCGAGAUCGUUCGUUUCCUUGCCCAGCAAUGGCCUGAUGGCCUCAAGCUUGCUGACGGCUUCGGCCGGACUCCUUUGCACAGAGCAGCCAUAGCAGCCGGAAGCUACUUUUACAACAUCGAGAUCGUUCGUUUCCUUGCCCAGCAAUGGCCCGACGGCCUCAAGCUUGCGGACGAUGACGGCUGGACUCCUUUGCACAUAGCAGCCAGAGGUCGCCUCGUUCAGGUCAUCCAACUCCUCCUGACGCAAUGGCCCGAUGAAGCAAGUGCUGCUGACACAGACGGCUUGAAAGUUGAAUUGGAAUGCCGCUUCCUGGUCGACACAGUUUGCAACCUCAACCUGACCGAAGUCCAAGCCUGGAAGGAGGCUGCGGUGGACUUGCAGUGCUCAAAGCCGGAGGAUUUGUCGAAGACGGAUGUGAAACUCUGGCUUGACGGCUGUGGCGGGCGCCCCAUUUGGGCUGACAUCUUUGGCACACUCGUGGACCGGCUGAAGGAUCCAGAAGCCAAGGAGUUCUUGCAAUCCCGCAUCACGUUCGAGGAUGUGAUUGCCAACACCCUGUCCGACUGGCUCACAUGGGUUGCAUUGGUCUCCGCUGUCAGUGCGGCAGUUGUAGCCAUUCGUCUGGAAAUUCUGGCAGCCAAGUGGAUGCAGAAGCGACAAAGCGCACGGCUGGGUGCGCCAGCGGAGGAGGCUGCGCAGGACCCCUUCGAGCAGGGUGCCAAGCAGCUGGUGAGCCUAGCCUUUGCGAAGAACGCGUGGCUCCUCAGGCUGUGGAGGUGGCUCGAAGUCUUAGUUGCGAUUUUGUGGUUGGGGUUCGCGAACUUGCUGGUUCGCUGGAUCUGGUGGCUGCCAGUGGUCCUCCUCUGCUACGUCGGCCCGGCAGCCAGGCACUACGGAGUCGGGAGUCUGCUCGAAGCCCCCGCGAAGGCCAUCAUGACCAAGGACACAGCCUCACAGGUGGCCGGCUUCCUGCGCACUCUGAUCUUGACGUGUCUUUGUGGCGGAGUAUACUUCUCGGCAUUUGGCGACGCGUACUUGUUUUCCAUACAUUCCACGGUGGGCGCCUCCGAUUCCAUGCUGCUGAAUCCUGCCCUUGAGGACUGGUCGCAGCACAAGUUCAAUGUGUGGGAUGGCAGCCAGCUGCGUCAGCACUGGCUUUUCCAGUGGGCCCCUGAAGGUGUUUCAGCAAUUGGUCUUUUUGAUCUGGCUCGGCACUCGUAUUUGGGCCUUCUGGGCUUCUACUUGCUCUGUCUGCUCAGCGCAGUCCUGAGCUCCUGCGUGCCCAGCUUGCGAGCGCGGAUUCGAAAGCGCAGAGUGCCUGAGGACGUGAAGCGCUGGGCCGUAGAGGAGUUGCUUCAGAGCACUCGCCCCCGAGAUUUCUGCACGGUGCACAAGAGUCUCAGGCCGGUGCUCGGUUUCUCGUGGCCUUGGCGGGCCGGGCUGUGGCAGGGCUUGGCCUUGCUGGUGCUGGAUGUUGGGCUUGACAUCAACACCAUCUUCGCCUUGCUGGUCACGAAGCACCACCUCUUCGCUGCGGUGAUCAGCUUCCUGGUGGCUCGCAGUGUGCUGAAGCAGCUGUCUGCCCUCCCUCCUUGGCGUCUCCGCGAGGCGAUCAAGGACUCCUUGCGCACAGGCCUCAUGCGGAAGGACCUCUUGGACUUCAUCGAGGAGGAGCAACGCUCGGAGGCAUUUUUCUCCGGGUGCAUCACCGCCUACUCGCUUCUCUACUCAGCCCAGACGGCUGAUCAACUGCUUGUGCAGUUCUUGAGCCUCCUCCUGAGCACGUGGCUUUUUGCAGGCUAUGCUGUGCGAAUUUGUGACCUGGAGUUCGAGCUUGCGCCCGAUGACAUCCCGGCCAGUGAAGAAGCACCCAGAGCCGACACCGUGGGCGUCCGCAUCGAUGCAAUCGAAGAGGACUCCGCGGCACCGCAGCACGCUCGGGGAAAAGACGCCCCUUCCGAGAAUUUGCAUGAGGAGACCAGGGAGCGCUCGGAGCAGGGGAGGAAGCAUGGCAAAGUGCGCCUUGUUCGCCAGGACCUUCAAAUGAGGUCUGCGUCUCUGAAGCUGCCGUUGACCAUCGCGGAGGACCGUCCUGUUCCUGCAUGGAGCAGCGAGGAGAGCUCGAAUCCUGUCGACCUUGAGUCGAAGUUGCCUCCAGCCAAGAAGGGCAAAGCUAAGGGUUUGAAGAAGAAUGGGGGGCGGAGCACCCGGAAAUCCAGGGCCAAGCCCUCCAGGGUCUCCACCGGUGCUGCUUGA